CGUUGUUUUGUUUGGUGAUCUUAUAAAUCUAACGCGGGUUUCUUUUAAUACAGGAAUUACUCGAGUGUUUUAUGGAUCAGAUUUUGUUACUGUAACAAAGUCAGAAGAUGCUUCUUGGGAUCUUUUGAAGCCUGAAAUCUUUGCAGCAAUCAUGGACUUCUAUUCUUCUGGGCAGCCACUCUUUCUAGACUCAAAAACUGCAUCAGCGAUGGACACUGCUAUUCAAGAAGAUGAUUCAGAAAUUGUUGCAAUGAUCAAAGAAUUGUUGGAGACUCGCAUCCGACCAGCAGUGCAAGAUGAUGGUGGCGACAUUGAGUAUAGGGGAUUUGAUCCGUAAGUUUCCUUCAUUUAAUUUAG